AUGGCACAAACCCAGACUGCAGUCCAGCUCGACGCCAAAAUUGGCGUAAAGGGAGCUUCUGCUCCCAUCGAGCCCGCUGACAAUGCAGCUCAGCCUUUGGCUCACAUCAUUCAUGGUGGCGUCCAGUGCCCACCAGCAGAAGCCUGGACUCCCUUUGGAUGGGAAGAGCCUGGCCAUGGGAAGCAGAUUCAUGGAGAAGUGACGAUCUUUCGUCCUUUCGGGACUACUGGCAAGCUCAUGGCCGGUUUCUGGAGAACUGGUCCGACUUCUCCAGGCUGCAAUAAAGACGGCUCACAUGUCAUCAGGUACUCCUCCCCACUGGGCGAUGAGACCGCAUGCGUCAUCGAUGGCACUGCCACUUUGACAGUUCUGGGCACUGGCAAGAAGUUUCGUGUCGGACCAGGCUCCAUCAUCAGCUCACCACAUGGCCUGGAGGUUGAAUGGGCGAUUGAAGGGCCAUAUUUCAAGAAGUUCUGGGCAAUCUUUGGGUCUGGCGAUGCCGCUACUCCAAAAGUCAGCCCGCCACUCGAGCUACAAGUCAAUCACGUAUCCGAUGACCCUCCAGAGUGGACUGAAUACCACUUCGUCGAGCCCAAAGAAGGAGCUCAAGUGUGUGGCGAACUGUACUUCAUCCGCGAUCGUGGCUCUUCUGCGUCAACCAUGUUAAGCGGAGUCUGGCGUUGUGGCAAAGGUAUCGCAGCUUCGCAUAUCCAAGACGAUGGCACUGUGACGACGCCAUAUACUGGCACGCUGGGAGAUGAGACUAUUUUGCUGUUGGAAGGUCAAGUCGAAGUUACCGAAACUGCUUCGGGAAAGAAGCAUCAGUUCAAGGCAGGAGAUGUGAUUGGUCUGACUUCGGGUAUGCACAUCACUUGGGUAUCGAAGGGUCCAUUUUGCAAGAAGUUGUGGGUUAUUUCGAGGGAUGUGUCUAGUGCGUGA